GAGUCAAUCUCGCACUACAUAUGUAUGCAUUUAAUUGACAUUUAAUUGAAUACACCAUUGAAUUGCUUUGAAGACAUCACCACAACCACAGUGUCGGCCAAAAUGUCUGUCAAGGGAUCCCUCACUAAAGAACUGAGUGAGAGUGUGUCUGCACUUCUGGGCCAAAGUGUGAAGAUAUCACUGAAAUGUUUGGUCAAAAUGGAGCUGAAGAGCGACAAAACGGAUAACAAGAUCUUAGCCUUCAGUGCGUGU